AUGAAGCUGUCCCCGGCCGCUCUUGGAAUUGCAGCUGCUGUUGCCCUCUCCAUCCAACAGGCAACUGCCCUCAGCGCAGCGAGAGACGGAACGCACACAGACACCACCGACACCACCACAACGACGCAGCCUGCAACCUGUGAGACAGGUCCGCUCGCACUGACAAUUUCGGAGGCUGACGGGAAGGCUUCGUUCAAAUGUUCCGCGAAGCUUCCGGUGCUGGAGCCCCAGUUUGCGUCAGAGGCUCAACUCGUGAUUCACGACGGCAGAAAUAUGAAGCUCUCCGAAAUUAUCCCCGGCGCCACGCUGCAACAAGACACCAGCCCUACGAAACCUAAAACAACGGCCAGCCAAACUAAUUCUGAGACCACCGAACAGACGACCUACACUCUGCACGUCCCCGUAUUGCCAGAUGUGGAGAAGGUCGUAGGCUUUAAGUGCACAUCGAUGGAAGAAGAUCCUUCCACAGCGAAGACUGAAUCAGAGGCUAAAAAUACUUCCUGCGAAAUCACUAUCACGGUGGCAUCAUCGGGCAUGUCCGCGGCUUUUCGCCCGGUUGCUGCAGCGGUAUCAGUCUGUCCCGUCUACAACCUGACCUACCAUUCAUCGCUGGGCGAAGGGCUCAUUUUACCUGGUUCUUCGGCGCACACGUUAUUCAGAAUGAAACUUUCGCCCGCUACUCUUGGCGUGGCAGCUGCGGUUGCCCUCUCCCUCCAGCAGUCAACUGCUCUGAGCACAGCGAGAGACGGGUCGACGACCCCCACCACCCCAUCCACGGAACCGCCAGUGUGUGAGAAGGAUCCCCUCACGUUGACCAUCUCGGAGGUCGACGGGAAGGCUGCGUUCAGUUGUUCCACGAAGCUUCCGGUGCUUCGACCUGAGUUUGUAGAAAACGAGCCAUUGGUGCAUUUCGACGGACAUGAUGUGAAGCUCUCUGAAGUAAUUCCCAGCGCGAAGCUGGAAAUCACUGUUCACAAGGACUCCAAAAGCGGUGGUGGCAGCGGCAGCGGCGGCUUGGCGGGAGAGGUGAAGCGCUACACACUGUCGGUUCCCGUAUUGCCAGCGGUAGAGAAGGUACUUCGCUUUAGAUGCGAAUCCGGUCAAGACAAGAGUCCUUCAGAGAAGUCAAACCCAGAAGAUGUCCCUGCGUCCUGCGAAAUCACAAUCACGGUUGCAUCAAGCGCGGCGAGCGCUGUCGCGGGACUCCUCUCCAUGACGUUGUCCAGCGCUCUUCAACUCUUUGCCUGA